UUCAGCCACAGCAUCGCAUUUGUAAACCCACAGCCUCUGGUUCGUUGUUUUCUUCUUCUCUCCCUCCACAUUAUUUUCUUCUCAUCUUAAUUUCCAUUAGAUUUGCCUCUUGUUGAGUUGCGAUUGACAACAAUUCUUGCGAACUGUAAUCCAGGCAAAUAAGUAAAGAUGGUGCAAUAUAACUUCAAGAAGAUGACUGUUGUACCAAAUGGGAAGGACUUCAUUGACAUCAUCCUAUCUCGCACCCAGAGGCAGACCCCAACUGUAGUCCACAAGGGUUGUGCAAUUUCCCUCCUCCGUACCUUCUAUAUGCGUAAAGUAAAAUAUACACAACUGAAUUUUCAUGAGAAGAUCUCCACCAUCAUUGAUGAGUUUCCUAGUCUGGAUGACAUCCACCCUUUCUAUGGCAACCUUCUUCAUGUUCUCUACAACAAAGACCAUUACAAGCUUGCACUUGGCCAAAUCAUUACUGCAAGGAACCUUAUUGGAAAGAUUUCUAAAGAUUAUGUGAAAUUGUUAAAGUAUGGUGAUUCACUUUACCGAUGCAAAUGUCUCAAGGUCGCCGCUCUUGGCUGCAUGUGCACGGUUAUAAAGAGGAUUGGUCCUAGUUUAGCUUACCUAGAACAAAUUAGACAACACAUGGCAAGGCUGCCUUCAAUUGACCCUAAUACUAGGACAAUAUUGGUUUGCGGCUGUCCGAAUGUUGGAAAGAGCUCAUUCAUUAACAAGAUCACUAGGGCUGAUAUGGAUGUCCAGCCCUAUGCUUUUACCACGAAGUCACUCUUUGUGGGGCAUACAGAUUAUAAAUACUUGAGGUACCAGGUAAUUGAUACACCAGGGAUUUUGGACUGCCCAUUUGAAGACCGUAACAUUAUUGAGAUGUGCAGCAUCACAGCUUUGGCUCACUUAAGAGCUGCGGUCUUGUUUUUCUUGGACAUCUCGGGGUCUUGUGGGUACAGCAUUGCCCAACAGGCAGCUCUUUUUCACAGUAUUAAGUCUCUGUUUAUGAACAAACCAUUGAUUAUAGUCUGCAACAAGACUGAUUUGCAGCCACUGGAGGGUAUAUCUGAGGAAGACAAGAAGUUGGUCACGGAGAUGAAAGCUGAAGCUAUGAAGACAGUGAUUGGUCAAGGAGGUGAGGCUACCAAUGAUGAGGGGGUACUCUUGACCAUGAGCACUCUGACUGAGGAGGGGGUUAUUGCUGUAAAGAAUGCAGCUUGUGAGAGGUUGUUGAAUCAGAGAGUGGAAUUGAAGAUGAAAUCCAAAAAGAUAAAUGACUGCUUAAAUCGUUUUUAUGUUGCAAUGCCAAAUCCAUGUGACAAUAAGGAAAGAGCCCAAUGUAUACCUCUGGCAGUUUUAGAAGCUAAGGCUAAGCAAGCAGCAGAAAAGGAUUUGGAGAAUGAGAAUGGCGGUGCCGGUGUAUACUCGGCCAGUUUGAAGAAGAAUUAUAUCUUAGCUAAUGAUGAAUGGAAAGAGGAUCUCAUGCCAGAAAUUCUUGAUGGGCACAACGUAUACGACUUUGUUAAUCCUGAUAUUUUGCGUAGGCUUGAGGAGUUGGAACGAGAAGAAGGAUUCCGGCAGGCAGAGGCGGGAGAUGAUGAUUUUGAGAUGGAUGGAUUGGAAUUGACUCCAGAAGAGCAAAAGACAUUGCAUCACUUUCAAUUCAGCUUGUCUUUGUUUGAGCACUCAUAGGAAACAGUUAUAUAUGCUGAUUUUCCUUGUCUCUGACCUGCUUUAGAUAUGCGUAUGCUUUAAGCAAAAUACAUGGUUUUUGAG